AUAAUAAGAAAAGGCGGCGAGAGGAGGAUAAUCACCAAACGCACAAGUUCGGGGGUCUUCAGGCCGCUCUAUUCUCCUCUCAUCUUUGUGCACUCAGUGUGCGAGGGUUUAUCACAAGGGAGAGAGGGUUUUGGUUACAUUUGGCUCACUUCACUUGGAUAUGGCGUCUUUCACGGUGAUUCAACGUGCACGAAGCACAAUGCUCUCUUCCUUCCUCAAAGUACGCCAUGACAUACAACCUUCUUGUUUCAUCUACGGCAAUUACUAUAAUCAAAUCCUAAGUAAAGCUCUGAGCACUUCCGGCAGCCCAAAUGAGUAUCAGAGAACUCAUCCUCAUCAACCACCAUCCGACCCCAGAGCUUUUCGGGAUCACAGAGACCCAAACCAGUGGGACCCGCGAUGGCAGGGUGGUCCUCAAGGCAGGAGCUCUGAACAAUCGAACCCACUUGCCCAAAACCAGGGGUACGUUCAACAAAGGAAUCCCAACUAUCGAGUUAAUAGCGUUCAGAACGCUCCGGAUCGAUAUCCUCUUAAUCAGAGUCAGAUUCCUCAGAAGAGGGAGUAUCCUGAUUCAGGGCGGCGAUAUGCUCCGCAAGGAAACCCUAAUCAAUGGAAUCCUCCGAAUCAGAGUUGUCCCCAGUAUCCAGGGCCAAAUCAGGUGAGCCCUCAGAACCCUAAUUUUCAGCAGAGGACUCGACCUAAUGGAUUGACCAAUCAAAACCAGGAAUACCCACAAACUGGAAGCCCCAACGAGUUUAGCAGUCGGACUCAAUGGUACCCUCAAAAUGGACAUGCAACUAAAUCAGUUCCUCAAUUUCAGAGUCCUAAUCAGUUGGGCAAUCAAGUUCCUAAUCAAGGGCAAACCAUUGAAAGCCAAUCUCCAUCUUCUCCGCCUCCGUCCAUUAUUGAUUUGACCCGAUUGUGCCAGGAGGGGAAGGUUAAGGAAGCUAUUGAAGUGAUGGAUAGAGGGGUGAAAGCUGAUGCUAACUGUUUUGAUACUCUCUUUGAUUUGUGUGGUAAAUUAAAAUCUCUUGAGGAUGCGAAAAAGGUCCAUGAUUACUUUUUGCAGUCUACAUUUAGGAGUGAUCUCAAAUUGAAUAAUAAGGUGCUUGGGAUGUAUGGGAGGUGCAAAAGCAUGACGGAUGCCCGCAGAGUGUUUGAUCAUAUGGCCAAUAAAAAUAUGGAUUCAUGGCACCUGAUGAUUUAUGGGUACACAAAUAAUACCAUGGGAGAUGAGAGCUUGCAGUUGUUUGAGCUGAUGAAAGAGCAGGGCUUGGAACCUACUUCAGAGACUUUCUUAGCGGUGUUAUCAGCUUGUGCUAGUUCAGAAGCUGUGGAGGAUGGCUACCUUCAUUUUGAAUCCAUGAAAAGUAAACAUGGAAUUGAACCAGGGGUGGAGCAUUAUAUGGGGCUUCUAGAUGUUCUAGGUCAAUCUGGGUAUCUUAAGGAGGCUGAAGAAUAUAUAGAGAACUUGCCAUUUGAGCCCACAGUGGCUGUUUGGGAGAGACUGAGGGAUUAUGCUCGGACACAGGGAGAUAUUGAUCUUGAAGACCAAGCUGAGGAGUUGAUGGUUAGCCUGGAUCCAUCGAAGGUUGUAGCCAAUAAGAUCCCUACCCCACCACCAAAGAAGCGAACUGCAAUUAGCAUGCUUGAUGGAAAGAACAGAAUUAUUGAGUAUAAGAACCCUACCCUUUACAAGGAUGAUGAGAAGCUAAAAGCCUUGCGUGAAAUGAAAGAAGCAGGAUAUGUUCCUGAUACGAGAUAUGUUCUUCAUGACAUUGAUCAAGAAGCAAAGGAGCAAGCCCUGCUCUACCACAGUGAGCGUCUAGCAAUUGCCUAUGGUCUUAUUAGCACACCUCCAAGAACUCCUCUUAGAAUUAUAAAGAAUCUCCGAGUAUGUGGUGACUGUCAUAAUGCCAUCAAGAUCAUGUCCAGGAUUGUUGGAAGGGAAUUAAUUGUCAGAGAUAACAAAAGGUUUCAUCAUUUCAAGGAUGGUAAAUGCUCUUGUGGGGAUUACUGGUGAAGGUUUUAUAACUCCGCAUUCUGCUUUUUAUUCCCUUUGCUCGCUGCAGCUUAUUGGCUUGCCAGAAAGUAGUCGUGCGCGAGAGCCUCGGUACUGCCAGGGAUACGAAUUUAACUGUGCUCUGAUGUAGAAUGUACUUACUUCUUCCCAUGAUAAUCGAUUUUGUUAAAUUUUGUUUUCUUUUAAUCACUUUUGAGAUCUGCCAAUUCUUUCUACUUCAACUCAGAGUUGCAGUAUGCACUAUUUACCAUCGUAACUCAACCUCAUACCUCGUUGUAUGUCGUUAUAUAGCAUCUAUAAAAUUGUAGGCCAUAGGAACAGUGUCUUAAUUGGUGCCACUUGCAUUUUUGGCCUUGUUCACAUUUGCUCUUAGUUUUUACAAGUCAUGAUACGGUCAUGACUUUGUUGUCUCUGAAUAGCCAAGGAAUUGAGUUGGUUUUGACAGAUUAUAAAACUCAGCACUUCAGUGUUU